AUCUAGCUGUGGAGAUGAAGGCAGCAAGAUGGGAGAGGAGGGUCGGGGGAGCACACUAGUUUCCGACUUGCUGGUAAAAUAUCAAUAUUUGACAACACAGGAGCAGCAGACGACGCUGACAGGAGGUGGAGGUGACCUCCCAGACUGGCAGUGGAGCAUGUAGGGUAGCUACAGUGUAGAGCAGUGUGGCACAUGAGCCCACUUGGCAUGGGAGAAUGUGACAGCUAACUGCAAACUCUAGAAUCUCAAGAGAUAAGGCUGUGAUAAUAAAGGAUCUGAAGAUAAUAUAGAAAUAGGAGAUAUAGUUAAUCUUCACUUUUGUUGACAACUUUUCACAGUACUGUAGUUGUAUUUAAAAAGUUCCUUAGAAAAAGGCAUAAUAGCUAGAAAACAGAUUGCUCAUACAUUAUUUAUUUAUUUAUUUAUUUAUUACUGAAAUCUAUAUCAGUGCUGCUCAAAAUACACUUACAAAUUAUAAAUAUAUAUAUAUAUAUAUAGAGAGAGAGAGAGAGCAGUUAAUCAGAAUUCCCAUUAAUAAGGUAGAGGAUAGAGAUUUUUAACUGCAAUAGGCACUACCAAUUAUUAAGCAUAAACUAACAUCAAUCUUCAUCGUUGUCAAACAAUAUUUUAAGUAAUUUUACUGUAUGGUUGAUUUGGGUACUUAUAUUUUAAAUCAUUAAGUCUACAAAGAGACAUUUAUAGCUCUCGACUAGUUAGGAAGCCAGAAUUCUCCGUGGAAGAAAAUUCCGCCCUCACCGUAGCCGCCACAGAGCAAAGAUGGCGGCAGUUGAGGGUCAGGCCACCCAGCUGGAUUUCCAUCAAGCUAUGGAAGAUUUCAAAACCAUGUUCCCAGAUGUUGAUGCUGAUGUUAUUGAGGCAGUGUUACGAGCUAACCAAGGAGCUGUUCAUGAGACCAUUGACCAGCUGUUGACAAUGACUACAGACACUGAAGGUCAGAGUGAAGGUGUUGGCAAUCAGCUAGUGCCACAUGGAGGAAGUGGAGGGGGAGGUGCCAGCAGUGAACUGCCACCAUCAUAUGCCCUCUCUGCGACGCCACCUCCAAGUUAUCACCAAGCUGUUCCUUCGCCACAUCGUUCUCCACUUCGUGGCGUGCUAGCCCAGUCGGAGGAAUGUUUAUCACUUCGAGCACAGAGGAACUGGAAUCCUCCAAUGCUGCUUCCUUUACCAGCUGACUUCCUAAGACUCACGCCCCCUCCCCACCAGGGUGUAGGAGUACUAUCUCCUCAACGAUUAAGUCAACGACUCAAUGAAAAUGCUCUGGCACGGGAGGCAGUUGGAGAGAGUGAUGCUGAACUUGCCCAGUACCUGAAAGAUGAACGAAUAGCCCUCUUCCUCCAGAAUGAUGAGUUUAUGGAUGAGCUACGAACUAAUCGGGAAUUUAUGACUGCUUUGCAAGAGGAUUAUGAGUCUGAAGCUGGAGAUGAGGAUGAACUGGAGGGAGCAGAAAGCAAAGGCCAGCUAGCACAGCUUGAUGAUGCUACACUCAGGGAGAGAAUUGCCACUAUGGGAAAAGCAUCAAGAAAGAAAUUUGCACAGAUAGCAAAGGUUUUUUCUCGCCGGAAGCGUACUAGUGGCCGUAGCCUUCUGCCAAGUGUUGGGCGGGACCAGCUGCUAAUAUCUGCUGACCCACUGAUUGAAGAUGAUGAUGAUGACAGACAACCACAGCAAAUGGAGAGAGCCCUGCCCUUGUCCCCAAGACAUGUACGGUAGAGAAAAGCAAUGUGACGCUUGUACUGCAGUCUGAGGAUUUUAUGAAAUAUGUAAUUUGAAGAGAGAUCUGUUAAUGUAAAUAGGGAUAGAAGGAACCUGUGGCUCAUUGUUGUCACUCUGAGCUACUAAACAUACUUUCUUAAAAAAGUCAUUCAGACUAGCAGAAGCAGGCCGUCUUGUAUACUGCUUUGUUAGAAGAAUUAUUAUCAAUAAGUGUUUGUUUUUCCUUCACUGUAUAAAGCAUAUUUUUUUGCAACCUAUCCUCCAAAAAUAAUAGUACUGUACAGUAUUUAUAAGGACUCUGGGGGUUUAUAUGUACAAAAUGUGGUCUGUGGCGUAAAAAAAAUCAACAUUUUUUACUAUUAGGCCUAGGGGAGUUUAGGUUAGAUUGUUGCAUUCUUUCAUGGGCCCUCUACAAAAUCAGUAGCACAAAAUUUGAACUCUACUGGUAGAGCCUCUUGGUGGCUUCUUGAAGCUAUCUUACCGAGAUAAUUUUCCCCUACUGAGUCAUUUGAGCCAUAGGAGUCUUGUAUGGCCUACCAGGGACUAGAGCCAGAACAUGGCCACCCACCCUGUUCCUCAGUAACCAACUGUAGUGUGUCCCACUUUUUUUCAAGAUAAGUGUGUCCAACGUUCUUGUGGAUGGUUUCUCUCAUUUCUGUCCUAUUGUCACGGAGUGGACCAUUGACACUGCGUCCUUCUGUGGCUUCAUUCCCUGAUUGUGAUGCAUUGACACAUUGAUUCCCUUUCAAUGUCAUGUUUUUUUGGCUGAACUUGUUGAGGUGAGGGUGGCUCUAGCUCAUCUCUUAAGAGUUCAGCUGCUGCUCCAGGUGUUGUGCAGAUUUGAGAUGUGGGUGAUUCUUCUGGGUCCAUAGUAGCCAGCUCAGCAUUGGUCUCUGGCUCUUCUGGCCUGGUUCUGAACCCAGGCAUUUUUCCAUAGCUUCUUUCAAUGGAUCAGCUCAGCGACAUAAAUUGCUGGUUUGACCUACGCAUCUGGAGUUUUUGACAUGCUUACCACUAUUUGUGUGGUGCGUAGCUAGCUGAAUUAUUGGUGUUCCACAUAUGUCUUUUGUUACAGCAUCAGUAUGAAGUUUACUGGCACCCCUUUCACCUCUUUGUCCCUUUUCAUUGUCUGUUCCAGUGGGUUUGUCUUUUUUGUCUUGAAUGUUUGUUGAUUGGCAUUUUAUGCUUAAUGCUGUUGCCUUUUAUUGCUCAGCUUUGGCUGAACCACUGUUUUUGGCAUCGAUAAUUACCUGAGUGUAAUUACGUAAGUAUUGUUACAGGAUGAGAGCUACGCUUGUGGGGUCCCAUCUUCCCAGUACUUUUUUUUCAUAUGUCUCUUUGAAACUACUACUAUAAUGGUUUUGACCACCACCACCUUCUCACUUGUUCCAGCUAUCUACCAUUCUUGUUUGUAAAAGUGAACUUUCCAAUAUUGUUUUGGCAACUUUGUUUCCUUAAUUUGAAUCUAUGACCUCUUGUUAUUAAAUUUGCAGUUUUUAAGAAUUAUUCUUUGUCAAUUUUGUCAAUUUCUGUAACUAUUUUGCAUGUACCUG